CAGUUCCUCCGGGAACACAGAGGGGGUUGCCUAUUUAACAAGCCUCGGCCCCAACAUCGCCUGCGUAGGAAUGCAGAGUGUGGAAAUGGUGUGUUGGAGGACAAUGAGGAGUGUGACUGCGGACCUGACUGUGGUGAUCACCGGUGCUGUGACCAAACAUGUAGGCUGAAGGAGCAUGCACAGUGUAGUGACGGACUAUGCUGUUCUGAUUGCCAGUUGAGACAUAAGGGAUUCAUGUGUCGUCCUGCUCUUGGAGAGUGUGACCUCCCUGAAUAUUGUGAUGGUACCUCCGGAGAAUGCCCCAUAGACCGCUAUAAGCAAGAUGGCACAUUGUGUGACAGAAUUCACUAUUGUUUUGGCGGCCGGUGUAAGAACCCCGAUAAUCAAUGUGUGGAUAUAUAUGGGUCCCCUGCAAGGUCUGCCCCAGAACACUGUUAUAUUUCCAUGAACACCAAAGGAGACCGGUUCGGGAACUGUGGCUUGUGGGCCUCGUCUAGGACAAAGUAUGUUAAUUGCUCUGAUGAUCAUAUAUUUUGUGGGAAACUUAUAUGUACAAAUAUUAGACGGAUACCAGCAAUCAAACCCCACCAUACUCUGAUCCAGGUACCUCACAAAGAUGACUGGUGCUGGAGCAUGGAUGCCUAUAACGUGACUGACAUCCCCGAUGAUGGAGAGGUGCACAACGGCACUCUUUGUGCCCCACACAAAGUCUGCAUGAAUUACUCCUGCACUGAUCAUGCCGUGCUCCACUACGACUGUGAACCUAAUGAAAUGUGUAAUGGGAGAGGAGUCUGCAACAAUUUAAGGCACUGUCAUUGUGAGGCUGGCUAUGCACCCCCUGACUGCAAAGCUGCAGGCAAUGGGGGUAGCGUGGACAGUGGCCCUCCUGGAAAGCCACAUGAUGGAAAUCCAAGUGAAGACGAAAGCAGAAGCCAUAGUGUUUCUCGCAGUAAUUCUGGCAGGGGUUGUGAGAAUGAAGAUGAAAGCAAAGGCCUUUCCAGGAUGCUGUACUCAUUCGCCUUAUUUCUUUUAAUAGUAUUUUUAAGUCUGAUUAUUGGUGCCAUUAUUGGGGCUGGAAAGGAGAGAUCACAGUGCCAACGAAAGGUUCUAGAAGAUACUCAAGAAACUGUACCAGAAACAGAAGUAGGCAGAUUAGAGGAAGAACCAGGGAGAAAAAUGAGUGGUGACAGGAAGAAGGCGAGUAUAGCAAAUACCUGAAUCAUUAGGUGGAAUAGAGGCUCAGUGGAGCAAACAUGAAGUUUACACUGACGGCUGCAGGCCCUGACAGGAAGUCUACAGCCUGUGGAAAGGUAGACUGUGCGAGGAGGAUUCUUCUUCUUCAACUUAGUCACUGGUUAUCUAUGCAUAUGUAAAAUCACUUAUAAAAAUAUUUCAAAUUUUCAUUUUCACAUUUUAUGAAGCAUUUAAAUUAAACUUUUCUCAUGAAAUAUUCAGAUAAAUAUAUUGCCUUAGUAGGUCCA